CCCUCGUUCCUGAACUCUGCCUCCGAAGGGGGCUAGCUCGUGGAGUCGCGACGUUGGAACACGAAAGAUCACGCAUCUCUUUACCCGGUGGAAUCUGAGCGACCACUUUGUACGCCGGCCGUCGUCCGUCUGUCUGUUGGCCUCCCCUCGCCCUCCAUCACUCUGUUUGACAGCACCCACACUGUCGUCCGCUCGUUUACCCCAUCCAAUCCCCUUCCUUGACAUCACUCCGCCCGCGGAGCGUGGGGCUCAGCUGCGCCAGCGCGACGUACUGAAACCAUAUACGCCCCCCACUUGUUCACCGAGGAGAGCAGAUCUCUCAGCAGCACCGCCAUCGACCAUCCAUCCCUCCUCACAUCCUAUUCUUCGCAUGGUUAUCGCAAACGCAAUCUCGCGUCUCAAACAUGGCCGAUAAACCCUCCAACCCGCCCCUCUCCCUCGCCGACCUCCUCCGACCCUCACGACCAGAGCUUCACAUGGAACUCCCCCCUCCGCGCGCCGGCGAGCAGCCUCCGGCCCUCUCGCCUCUGGAUGCAUUCGCCAUGCAAUCCCGCCUACUUGCAAAGCGAUUUGAAGAGCCGGCAGGCGAUGGUAAGCGGAUAAGCAGACUUAGGCACUCGGACGUGGCACGAGAGAUUGCCAAUCGCCCGGACUACUUCCGAGUCCUCCAAAAGAAUGGCGCCAGCGGCAGCGACGAUGGCAUGAGCGAUGUGGUGGAGCUGCCAGAGGAGGGCAGUCCGUCGAGCAAGAAGGGUGGGCUGGUUUUGGGGCAAGGGAGGGAUCGGCCAACCAGUCACUAUCCGGUCUUGGGCAAUGCGGCUCGAGAGGAGAGGAAUGAGCGAUCUUUCAGAUCUCAUGCCCAGCGCUUGUCAACACCGUUUGAGACUCCCAAUGAGUAUGCCGAGGGCGACGAUCAGGGAAAGCCGAGCUCCACGCAGCCUGAUUACUUUGGCGGCAACCUCCCGCGCGCCGCGUCGCCCGAGCAGAUGGACAGGAAGGUGAUCAAUGUCCUAGCAGCAUCUCCUCUGCCCACGCCCAGCUUGACAAACAGCGUGGACUCGGUUCAGUCAACACAGCAACCACCCACACAUCCUGGCCUUCCUCGCACUCUGACGGGUGGUUCCAGCCGCUCGCAACGCUCCCUCGCGCCACCCCGAUCACCCGCCGUCCCCAAAUCCCCACGAAGUAUCCAAAGCGUUCGUUCAGUCCCACAAGAUAGCGGGGACGAGGAUGGAUCAGUACGCGCGGCUUCCCGACAGUUCUCCGGCAGCAGUGGCAUGUCGAGAUCCAGACCGCAGUCACCUUUCUCACCUUACGUCAAUGGAGUUCCUCCCUCUCCCUCAACCAUGUCCGACUACUCCAUGGCAGGCUCGCAAAGAAGAACCUUUUCGAGACCAAUGAGUAGUGGAGGUAGCAGACCCGAACGCGACGCCAGGCCAUCUCUCGACACAAGACCUUCCCUGGACACCAGACCCUCAUUCGACAGUCGCUCAUCCUUCGACACUCGGCCCUCGGGGGAUUCAGCACGACAGAUGCCUCUGCGCCCGAGCCAAGAUACGCGCUCCGAGCCGCCGUCGCGCCAGAUGUCGGCGGAUGAAGGCGGAACGCCGUUCGCUACGCCUGUCCAGGCCCCUGUUUCCCCAUUCCAAGAGGACUUGGAUCUGAGGCCACCGACCUCGUACACUUACACGAAGUUUCCGCUCUCCCGCCCGCACGACGCCGAGCAGGAAUCGAAGAGAGCGCAGAAUUCUUGGUUGCAGCGCGAGUUUACAUGGGAUGGACAGACGCCGGAAGCUCCGCACUUACAGGCAGCACCAGCUGGACGGGAGAGAACGAACAGCGACGGUGGAGGCCUGCGAGCCCCGCAACGAUACGACUCUCCUACACUAUAUGGCCGCCCGUCUCUCGACCAACGAGAGCGUAGACCAAAGGAGCGGAGCAAUACAAGCUCGAAGCAGAGGAGUCAAUCCGUGCCGAAGAACCGCAAUCGCGCCAUCCCACGCACGCUGGAGAAGGCGAAUGCGCUCCAGAAGUCCUCGCCCUCCGUCCGCUCGGCCAAGACUGACAGCACCGAGCGCACGAUCAAAGCCAUCCCAUUACACGAGAGAUCGCCAUCCACCGAGCUCACGGCCGAGGAGCAUCUCGAUAUCGGGAUCAAGACGCAUAGCGAUGGCGAGCUGAACAAAUCCACCUACCACUUCCGACUAGCAGCCAUGGCCGGCCUGUCGACUGGCAUGCUGCUAUAUGCCCUCGCGUGUCGGCACGGCUGGGGCAUGCGGCCGAAUCAAGAAGAAGGGGUAAAGUGGCUUCGCAAAGCCAUCGAUUCAGCAGGCCUGGAAGUGGCAGAUGUGGAAACGACGCUGGAGAACUCAAGCCAGCCCGGCGGCGAUCCCAUCGCGGAGGCGGCGGAGCGCAAGAAGCGCAAGGCGCAGUUCGCCCUGGCCAUGUACGAGCUAGGCGUGAGCUACAUGAACGGAUGGGGAUGCGCGAAGGAUAAGCAGCUGGGGCUGAGUUGCUUUGAGAUGGCGGGCAACUGGGGUGAUUGCGAUGCGCUGGCCGAGGCGGCGUUUUGCUACACACAGGGCAGUGGGUGCAAGAAGGAUUUGAAGAAGGCGGCGCAGCUGUAUCGCAAGGCGGCGGAGGGGGGCAUGUCGAUGGCGGGGAAUAGUUGGAUUUACAAGGCGAAGUACAUGGACGACGGUGGAGCGCCCAAAGCGCAGGAGAAGGCGAAAGAAAAGGAGAAGGGGCCGGCAGAGGUAUCUUUACCUGCCUCGGCGGCUGGGAAGGAUGGGAGCAAGGAGGCACCUAUUGGGCGACCGCGCACGCGAUCGAUCUGGAACCGCAAGAAGCAGGCGUGAGAUGGAUUGGAGCUCUUCGUUCGGGUUUGGGAUAUGAUUGUUAUGAUUGUUCUCGCGAUGGGGAGCGGGGCCACGGGAAACGCAGCGUGUCUGCUCACAUUAGUACCUUAUUAGUCGUAGUUGCACGAAGUCACGCCUCUCAUGAGCAAUUGUCGGAGAUGGUCCAUCAGGCUGGAGCUGGCUGAGGCUAGAACGGAUGGCCGGGAUCGCCGCUGACGUAGUCGCUCAUGUGGCCUGCACGGAGAGGUCCCGCUGCCCCUCAAUUACGAAAUUGCUAAAUGCCUC